UGGACGACCUUGAAUGAGUGUUGUGUAGAGAGACGACGACGCGGAGGACGGCGAGGGGAGAUUUCUCUUUCUUUACUUAAGCACUGCGUCGGGAUUUAGUGAAUUAAAAAUCAAUUAAAUUAACGACCGCAAGAUGGGAGUACCAAAGUUUUUUAGAUGGAUGUCUGAACGAUAUCCUUGCCUCAGCGAGAUUGUCAAGGAAUAUCAGAUUCCUGAGUUUGACAAUCUGUACCUGGAUAUGAAUGGUAUUAUCCACCCAUGUUCGCAUCCAGAUGACUCUAACCCGCACUUCCGCAUCACCGAGGAGACAAUAUUCAACAACAUCUUUCAUUACAUUGAGGUUCUGUUCCGCAUGAUCCGCCCGAAGAAGGUGUUCUUUAUGGCGGUGGACGGCGUGGCGCCCCGAGCCAAGAUGAAUCAGCAGCGCGGCCGCAGGUUCCGCUCAGUUCGCGAGGCACAGGACCGCGAGCGCGAGGCGCGCAACCGCGGCGAGGUGCUUCCCACCGAGAAACGCUUCGAUUCCAACUGCAUCACGCCCGGCACGGGGUUCAUGGUCCGUCUGAACGCCCAGCUGCGCUACUUCGUGGCCAGGAAGAUCAGCACCGACCCGCUCUGGCAGGGCAUCCGCGUCAUCCUCUCGGGACACGACGUGCCCGGCGAGGGUGAGCACAAGGUGAUGGAGUUUAUUCGGUACGAGAAGUCGCUGCCUGAUUACGACCACAACACGCGACACUGUCUGUACGGACUGGACGCCGACCUGAUCGUGCUGGGACUGUGCACGCACGAGCCCCACUUCAGCCUGCUCAGAGAGGAGGUGCUGUUCACCAAGCAGCAGACGAAGCGGACCACGGUGCCGGAGGAGAUGACGUUCUACCUGCUGCACCUGAGCCUGUUCCGCGAGUACCUGGGCUACGAGUUCAGCGAGCUCGAGAAGGAGCUGCCGUUCAAGUUCGACCUGGAGCGCAUCAUCGACGACUGGGUGAUGCUGGGUUUCCUGGUGGGUAACGACUUCGUGCCUCACCUGCCGAACCUGCACAUCCGCGAGAAUGCGCUGCCCACCGUCUACCGCUGCUACAAGCAGGUGCUGCCCACACUGGAUGGAUACAUUAAUGACGGCGGCACACUGGUGCUGGAGCGUUUCGAGGCGCUGAUGCAGCAGCUGGCCCAGUGGGAGCUGGACAGACUGGAGGAUAAGGCGGCCGACCAGCGCUGGCUCGACUCCAAACGCCAGCAGGGCACCAUGGACAUCCGCUACUCCGCCGGAAAACCGCGAGACAAAAAGAGCAACAUCAAGCUGAAGGGCCGCGCCGAUUUCGAGUCGUUCGCCAUGUUUGACGGCCUGGACGGCCUGGAAGACGGCGAGGAGCUGGAGCCCAGCAAGAACAAAUCCGUGUUCAGUGAGAUCCACACCAACAUCGACGACGAGCUGUUGGAGGGCGACGAGUCGGUCUCGGAGCUCGAGUACCGUCAGCAGCGGCGCCACUACUACCAGACCAAGAUGGACGUGGACAUCUGCCCCGAGGAGGCGCUCCGGCUGGCCGUGGAGUACGUGCGCGCCAUCCAGUGGAUCCUGCACUACUACUACGACGGCGUGUGCUCGUGGUCCUGGUUCUACCCGUCCCACUACGCGCCCUACAUUGGCGACGUGCGCGGCUUCAGCGCCGUACCGGGCGUGGUGGACUUCGAGUACGGCCGGCCGUUCCUGCCGUACGAGCAGCUGCUGGCCGUGCUGCCGGCCGCCAGCCAGGACUCGCUGCCCGAAUGUCUGCGGCCGCUGAUGACCUCGCCCCAGUCGCCCAUCAUCGACUACUACCCGGAGACGUUCGAGACGGACCUGAACGGCAAGACGCAGGACUGGGAGGCGGUGGUGCUGAUCCCGUUCAUCGACCAGGAGCGACUGCUGGCCGCCAUCCGGCCGCUCUACGACCAGCUGACGCCCGAGGAGGCGGCGCGCAACGUGCACGGCGACGCCCACCUGAUCGAGUACACAGCUGAGGACCAGGGGCGCACGGAGUCGCCCGGCUACUUCCCGCCGCUGCGACACACCUUCGCCCGGGUGACGGCGCGGCCGCGCGACCCGUUCAUCGCCGAGCGCCGCCACUUGCGCAAGGGCCUGCUGCCGGGCGCGCGACUCGACGUGCUGGCCGCCGGCUUCCCGACGCUCCGCCACGUGCCGCACUCGUUCCACCUGGCGCGCUGCAAGGUGAAGGUGUUCCAGCAGGCCUCCAUGGGCGAGAACAUGAUGCUGACGGUGCGCACGCCCUGGGGAGACGGUGAACCGGACGCCGAGGCUGAGGCGCGCCGGCUGCUCGGCCGCGUCGUGUUCGUCCAGUGGCCGCACCUCACAGAGGCCACCGUGGUGUCUGUGGCCACGCCGGAGAAGAAGUACAGCCUGCAGAAGGGCUCCACCGACCAGCUGAGUGUGCAGCCGCUCAGCGACACCGACCGGACCGUCUGGAUCGGACACAUGCACGACAUCAAGAGCGAGUACGAGGGCCGUCGGGGUAUUCUGACGGACGACAUCCCCGUGCUGGUUUACGCCAAACCGCUGACCGGGAGGAAACACGCGGCCACCCCCGACGGCCACGUGGUACUGCAGAAACAGUGGUCGACGGUGCCGAAGCCGUUCGCGCUGCAGACCUGUGUCCGCGAGCUGAAGACGCUGGAGGGCAGCUACACCAAGUAUACCUCGGUGGCCGACCUCUUCGACAAGGGCUCCCACUGCUUCGUGCUCGCCCCAGACUCCUACGCCUCAAUGGGAAAGGUAAUUGAGGUGACGGAGCGGGGUCGGGUGCGUCUGGACGUCACCCUCACUCCGGAGCCGGACUUUAGCGCCGUGCAGCGCAAGGAGGCCCGCCUGGCGGCCACCUAUUUCCCAGGGUACGUGGUGGCGCAGAAGCUAGGCAUCACCUCACACCUGGUAUCGCGUCUCACCGGCUGCCUGCUGCUGGAGCCCGGCGGCGGCGCGCGCGCCAACGGAGCCUCCAACAUCGUCGGCGAACUGGAGGACGCGCGCAUCGACCGGGACGCCAAGUUCAACUGCGCCAUCGAGAUCAAACACAACAAGAAAAACGAAGAGAUGCCGGGCUACUCGCGGCGCAAGGACGGCCAAUGGAUGUACUCGGGCCGGCUGAUCGAUGUACUCCGAGAGUACAUGUCGCUGUUCCCGGAGCUGAUCGAAUUCCUCGGACGGAACACAGAGGGCUUCAAGUUCAAGGAGGGGGACAUCUGGCCCGAGCCCGAAAUAAG